GGGUUUCUGUAAACAUAGUCUGGAGUCUUCUACCCAGCUAAAAAAACAAAAAAAAAAAAAAAAAAAAUCACAAUCAAAAUCAAAAUGAUGCUCGGCGAACCUCAUCGGCCCAAUCCAACCGUACACGUGCCUCCCUGGCUAACUCUCGACGACGAUGAUAUGUACCCCCCGCCAACACCAUCGCCAUUCCCUCUGAGUGGUGUCUCGGUGAACUCCGACGCGAAUGUUAGCGGCGAUUACCCGCCGUACUAUCUGCAAGAGGCCCUGACGGCCCUGCAGCGCUACCUACCCUGCAACGACACCGACCUCGAUUCCGACUCGUCCGAGCGCGGCGAAUCGGAUGCUCCGGUGGACGCUUACUCCUGCGACCACUUCAGGAUGUUCGAGUUCAAGGUGAGGAGGUGCGCGCGUGGCAGGUCACACGACUGGACAGAGUGUCCGUACGCCCAUCCCGGCGAGAAGGCCCGGCGCAGGGACCCCAGGAAGUACCACUAUUCUGGCACGGCCUGCCCGGAUUUCCGCAAGGGUCAUUGCAAGAAGGCCGACUCCUGCGAGUUCGCCCACGGCGUCUUCGAGUGCUGGCUCCACCCUGCUCGCUAUCGUACGCAGCCAUGCAAGGACGGCACCAGUUGUCGCCGCAGAGUUUGCUUCUUCGCUCAUACCCCCGACCAGCUUAGGGUUUUGCCUAAUCAUCAGCACAGCCCCAACUCCAACUCUAACUCCAAGGAUUCCUACGAUGGUUCGCCCCUUAGGCAGGCCGCCGCCUUCGAGGCAAAAAGCUCCCUCUCUCUUUCCUUUCUGUCGUCUCCUUCGUCGGUUUCUCCACCGGCUACUCCGACUCCCCCUGCCGAGUCGCCGCCUCUCUCUCCCAUGACCCAGUCGCUGAGUCGGUCUCUGGGUUCGAGCUCUAUCAACGAAGUGGUGCUGUCUUUGAGGAAUCUGCAACUGGGUAAGGUCAAGUCUCUACCUUCCUCUUGGAAUGCUCAAAAUCAAAUGGGGUCUCCUGGGUUUGGGUCUCCUCGUGGCUCCUUGCUCCGGCCCGGUUUCUGUAGCCUGCCAUCAACUCCGACGACCCAAGCCCUGACUCGCGCUGGGAAUGGGAUCGGACCCAAUAUUGACUUGUGGGACCUUGGCUGCGAAGAGGAGCCAGCCAUGGAGAGGGUGGAAUCUGGAAGGGAUCUGCGCACCAGAAUGUUCGAGAAACUGAGCAAGGACAACUCUCUCGAGAGGGUCGACGCGGGUCCUUCGGGCAGCGCUCCGGAUGUCGAUUGGGUAUCGGAAUUGGUGAAGUGAAGCAAAAGCUUUUAAGCUUCAAUCUUCAAGACUGUGGAUAGUAUCUGAAAGCAGAGAGAGAGGAGAUGACUGGAAUUUUGAUGAUUUUGGAAGCAAAGCAGGCAACCAAGCAAGCUGCUGCUGAAGAUUCUCUUUUUAUGUAAAUAUUUUUAUCAACCGCAGACAAAAGAUGACGGUACGGUUGAAGAGUAGUAUCUUUUUUUGGGUGGGUGGGGGGGGAAUUUUCUCUGAUAAAGUUUAAGAAGAAAAUAGACUGAUCAAGCCUUAAAAAAAAAAAAAAAAAGAGCCUUUUUGUGUAUAGUUAUUAAGCCGCUUUGCCCUCUGGGUUAUGUUAGUUAUUGUGUUUAUUAUCAUUAUCCGGACUUACUAAUCCUCUUAUUAUGUGAUUUGUAUAAAUUUUAAGGCCAUGUAUGGUCUGGCUUAUUAAUAUUUUAUAUUAUAUGCAAUGUAAAUUUUUAUCAAA